AGCGGUGACGUCAUCACGCUCCCUGCGUGCAGCCUGUGGUGUUGUAAUGUAGAGUUUAGAGUUUAGAGACAGAAACGUCGCUUUCCAUCGUUUCUUUAUUAACAUCACGUCCGUCAGGCAGCUGAGGGAGCGGUCACACCGCCACCGACCCGGGAUUAACACGGUAAACUACCCGGUGAACGAUGUCUGCGGGCUCCGGGAGCAGAAACACGAACACGGAACCGAACACGGAACCGUGGGGCAGCUUCGAUGAUAACCUCAUCCAGGGUGGCGGCUCGGCCGUCAUUGACAUGGAGAACAUGGACGACACGUCCGGCUCCAGCUUCGAGGACAUGGGAGAGAUGCACCAGAGGAUGAAGGAGGAGGAGGAGGUGACCGCUGAGGCCGCCGCCACCGAGGACGAAAACACCGAGGACGGAGAGUUCCUGGGCAUGAAGGGGAUAAAGGGCCAGCUGGGCCGGCAGGUGGCAGACGAGGUGUGGCAAGCGGGGAAGCGUCAGGCCUCCAAAGCCUUCAACCUGUACGCCAACAUCGACAUCCUGAGGCCCUACUUCGACGUGGAGCCGGUGCAGGUCCGCAGCAGGCUGAUGGAGUCCAUGAUACCUGUCCGCAUGAUCAACUUCCCCCAGAAGAUCGCAGGUGAGCUGUACGGCCCUCUGAUGCUGGUCUUCACUCUGGUGGCGAUACUGCUGCACGGCAUGAAGACGUCAGACACCGUCAUCAGGGAGGGUACCCUGAUGGGAACAGCGAUAGGAACAUGUUUUGGUUACUGGCUCGGCGUUUCCUCCUUCAUCUACUUCCUGGCGUACCUGGUCAACGCUCAGAUCACCAUGCUGCAGAUGCUCUCCCUGCUGGGUUACGGUCUGUUUGGUCACUGCGUCGUCCUCUUCAUCACCUACAACAUCCACUUCCACUUCCUGUUCUACGUCCUCUGGCUGCUGUGUGGAGGACUGUCCACUCUGCGCAUGGUAGCGGCUCUGCUGUCUCGUACGGUUGGUCAGACUCCUCGCCUCCUCCUCUGUGGGACUCUGUCGCUCCUCCACAUGCUCUUCCUGCUCUACCUCCACUUCGCCUACCACAAGAUCGUAGAAGGGCUGCUGGACUCUCUGGAAGGACCCAACCUGGCUCCCAUGCAGCGGGUGGCCAGAGACGUGCCUGAGCUGAUCCUGAACGCUACAAUGAGGAGUCUGGGGACCCUGCCGAGGGCCCAAUGAGGCCCCCCGCACAGACAAACAUCUCUUCAUGUUAAACUUUCUCUGUUUGUACAUUUUGUAUUCUUUCUGUCUGUAAUGUUUUGGGGUUAUUUUCAUGUUCAGAUGUAUUUAUAGUUUCUGUACAGAGACUCAAAUAAACUUUAUGAGCUUUAACACUAA